UUGGGCCGCGCCCGCCGCUCGGCGGCCUUUUCUUCCGCUCCCGCACCGAGGUGCUCCCAGGCGGCUGCACUGGCUCCGAGGAGUAGCAGGGGGAGCUCCGCCGCGGGAACAAACCCGGAGGCAAACCUGUAGGAGGCAAUGCUUGAAUAACUCUAAGACGACCAGACUGAAAAUGUCAGCCCUCAACUGGAAGCCCUUUGUGUAUGGAGGGCUGGCCUCCAUCACAGCAGAAUGUGGCACAUUUCCAAUUGAUUUAACUAAGACACGGCUUCAGAUUCAAGGCCAGACAAAUGAUGCCAACUUCCGAGAGAUCAGGUACCGAGGCAUGCUGCACGCGCUGAUGAGGAUAGGCCGAGAAGAAGGCCUGAGGGCGCUGUAUUCAGGGAUUGCACCCGCAAUGCUGCGCCAGGCCUCCUAUGGAACCAUCAAGAUCGGAACGUACCAGAGCCUGAAGCGGUUAGCUGUGGAACGCCCAGAAGAUGAAACCCUGCUGGUCAAUGUUGUGUGUGGAAUUCUGUCUGGAGUCAUAUCCUCAGCUAUUGCUAAUCCGACUGAUGUUUUGAAAAUCCGAAUGCAAGCACAGAACAGCGCUGUUCAAGGAGGCAUGAUAGACAGCUUCAUUAGCAUUUACCAGCAGGAGGGGACCAGAGGACUGUGGAAGGGCGUGUCCCUCACAGCCCAGAGGGCAGCCAUUGUGGUCGGCGUGGAGCUUCCAGUCUAUGACAUCACCAAGAAGCACCUGAUACUCUCAGGCCUGAUGGGAGACACUGUCGCAACACAUUUUCUCUCGAGCUUCACGUGUGGCCUGGUGGGGGCCUUGGCCUCAAACCCAGUUGAUGUUGUGAGAACCCGCAUGAUGAAUCAGAGAGCCCUUCGAGAUGGCAGAUGUGCGGGCUAUAAGGGUACCUUGGAUUGCCUAUUGCAGACAUGGAAGAACGAAGGGUUUUUUGCUCUAUAUAAAGGAUUUUGGCCAAAUUGGUUGCGCCUUGGUCCUUGGAAUAUCAUUUUCUUUUUGACUUACGAACAACUGAAGAAACUGGACUUGUGACCACACAAGUCGUUGUUCUGACAAACCGACUUCUGCGACGGUAGCCCCUCCUGUGCUUCUGGCUGCCUCUUACUGCACAGCUCAUCACGGCUUCUGGGAUGGGAGCAAUGGAUGGAGGCCAGGUUCUUCAGAUUGCCAUGCGUUGGUCCUGGAUGCUUUCAUCUGUGUUCAGAGCCUAGAGCAUAGUAACACCCACUCACCGGUGGUUACCAUCGAAGUGCCCUUGACAUCCUAGAGUUAUCCUAGAGAUGUACAUAAUACACCUUCCUUGCUGUAGAAAACCUGCAAGGAAAUGAGAGCUGCUUUCUUCCUGGAGAGCAGCCUCGCUGCCUCUGGUCUUCUGGCUAUGUACAUCGCCCCUCUGAGAAGGCUCCUGAAGUGGGGGAGUGCUGUUAUCCCUCUACCAUCGGGAGCUUUAGUUUCCUGUCAGUGAAGAGAUUUUACAUUGGGACAGUUGUAGGAAGUACAUCUCUAGCAUACUGCACUGCUUCAUGGUUCCUGCUUGAGCAGAAUCUUUCACUUACAGUAAGUAAGACUCGACCUUUGUGUGGGUAACCAUUUGCCCUAUGAUUUUUUUUUUUAAGCAGAGUCUAUUAUUUCCAUAUACAAAUGGGGUUAAUCAUGCUUUGUGAAGUCGGGGUUAAAUGAAGGGAAAACUGCAGAGGUGGCUGCGUGAAGGAUGAGCGUGCGCACACCUGUCAGUAAACAGUGGUCAACCGUAGGGCCCUCCUGGGCCUGGGGACCAAACGCCUUUGUUAAAUAAAGAAUCCUGCAGGUGAAGGUUUUUUAGUCAGUUAGUGAACUGAAGAGGUGAGGCUCCAGAGUUUUAGCCUUUACUUUUUCUUGAGGUGAGUUUGUUAAACAAACAAAUAAACAAACAAACAACAACAACAAAACCUUUAUCUGAGUUUUUCCUAGUUAAUUUCCUUGAAAUUAGUGGGAAAAUUAUUUUCUUCCUUCCUCUUGGAUUUUUGUGAUGACAGGGCUAAACCCUGGUGCAUUCUGGGUAUCUUCCCCACACUGAGCUGCAUCGAUGGCCCGAGGGCCUGUUUAUCUCCAUUCUGAUAAGAGCUGUAUAGUACUCUACCUAGUUUGUUUCUUCUGAGACUGUGUCUCUAAGUGCCAACAGCUUUCUAGAAGGGUGCCCAGUGCCUGCAGGUUGGCCCUGUGAAAACCUCAUUAGCACUAAAGGAGGCUCUAAGCUGGAGCAAUGGCCAGUGCACUCCCGGGGCCCCUUCCUCCUUGAGGCAGAAGCAUGCAGGUUUUCUCUGAGGGUUGGGCGCUUUUUAUUCCAUACCUUUUCCAUCUGGCUUUUGAAAUUAAUGGUUCCUUUGAAAAACAGUUUGCGAAGUAGAAUUUUAUUUCUAAAAGUAAAAGCUAAGUUGAAGUCCUCUCAGAGCUGGCCCAACGGUGGCUUAAAGACAAUUCCCUCACACGCCAUUAGAUGGCAGUAGAGGAUCUGAGCGACUGCUGGCCUGGCUCCUAGCAUUAUGAGUUAAGAGACUUUUUUGUUUUUUAUUCUGACCUGAACAUUCCGUUGAAGUGGUAGAAUCCAGAGUCUUUCUCUCUAGUUGAAAGGAUUGACUUUUUCAAACAAUUUUUUUAACAUACAAAAAAGAAUCUUUUUUUAUAAUUAAAAUUCUUUUCUUUAUCCUUUCU